AUGACCAAGCUAGGGUUUCCAAAGACGAGAUUGGCUUGUUCUCCAAGAAAUUCCUUUGUCGUCACGGAUAGCUUCACCACCUUUGGAUGGUUACCUUCGGCUAAAACCAUGAACGCACUCCAGGAGCUCUUCAUGAUCGUCAGGGCUCAAACCAUAAUCGCUUGUUGCAGUACAGUUCCUGCCGUACCGUACCACCAUUGGACUUUACCAGCUAACCGGAUUGGUUUUGUGAUUUUCUACUCUUUCACCUUUUUCUUUUCCAAUUUUGGACCUAAUGCAACUACGUUCAUUGUCCCGGCUGAGAUUUUUCCGGCGAGGAUUAGGUCGACUUGUCACGGUAUCUCCGCGGCGUCAGGUAAAGCCGGUGCAAUGGUCGGUUCUUUCGGGUUUGCUGCUUUGGGGAUAUCGCUUGAGGAGCUUACCGGAGAAACUAAACCGGAGAGAGUUAAGGAGAAGAUUGGUGUUUAG